AUAUUAAACAUGUGACAGAAUUUUUGACCUGACUAGGUAGAUACGUAAAACCAACAGAAGUCGGUAUUUAAAUAUUUACUCAUAUUGCAUUUGAAUCUAUGAAGUUAUUAUUAAAAUUUCAGACCGUUUGACGGUUUUCUGCUAAUCUUUUUAAGCCUUUUUCCCCGAUUCUUAAUGUCCGGAUGACCCCAUCUGUUAUUCGUUACCAUAUUACUUGAGACAUGAAAGAUUUCCGAUCGAUUCGCCAAUCAGAUCACCACGAGAUUUUGCCUACACGCGAAAAGUUGCCGUAACGCACUUAAGCAUGGUGCACAUUUCAAAAAUUUCAUAGAGAAAAUCGGAAAGAUCGUUGAAAUUAGUGAUGUUGAUGCAUGCGAUAAGGGACUUUAUCGAUAUGUCGUUAAAAUAGCUAGUCGCUCGGUGAUCCCUCGAGGCGUGGCCCGGAUUUAUCGCGGGCUGUUAGUAAAGCCGCGUAUUUAUAUUAAGUGGAGGAGCUGUCAGCGCCUACGCCGACGCUGGUUCUGGAUGGCUGCAUACAAUACAACACUGUUUUCAAGCUUCUAGAAAAUUUUGUUGCUGGCACUGAUUUUAUCAGAGAGAUAGCCCAUGAUGUAUUUGCGUUGAGCGCAUGUGAAAUUCGCUAUUUAACAAGAAAUAAGACAAUUAAUUACCAAAAUGUGGUACCCAAUCUGUAAAAGCUAAUAAUCUCAAUGUUUUGCAAAACAGCUAUAAAUAUUGAAACAAAACUUUUAUAUUAAAAUUUUGUAAAAAGUAAGACAUUGACUUAGCAAACAUGUAAUGCUAAUAUAUCUGGAACAUCACAAAUAUUUAAUUUUUGUGGUAAUAAAAUACCCUACGACGUUAUCUUCAAUAGCUUGAGUAAAAAAUAUCAUUCAUGAGGAUAUAAAGAAAAAACUUAAAAAAACUAUUAAACACAUGACAUAACAGACUAAUAGAGAAAUGAUUGAUGAAUAUUUGGUUGCAGCAAUUUAUCUGAUUUAUAAACUAAUUUUAAAGAAUCGUGACUCUGUCCCCUAGUACGAAAAUACCCGCCGUUGAUUUAGAUAUAAUAAAAACGCUGAAAUUGAGCCAAUUCUCAUUAUUAUGUGAGUACGUAUCACGUUCUGAGUUUUAACAAAAGCGACAAAAGCAAUAUCAAUAAGUUCGCAAUGCAACCAGCAAAUCCCUUGUUUGUGGAGAAAAUUAACAGUUAUGUGCAUCUUAAACAAAGCAUUCGGAGGUGACAGCAAAGUGGCAUUUACAUCUCAAUAAAUUUUUAAGUCGCACGUCAGAUGAAAUACCGGAGAGAAAUCCACGAAGCGAAUAACGAACGCGGAAAAUGACAAUAUCUACCCGGUUUAUUCGUGUAAAAGGCCGCAGCGACACUUAGCUCUUUCGGCUAGAUCGUCCAACUAAUAAUACGCCCGCACGUGAAAUGUUUUGGCUGGUGCUUUUUGUUCGCCGCAGUUAUUUCAGUUUUCCAGUAGGAUUUUAUACAAGACCUGCUCUGCCCGCUUGUACGGCGCAGCGGUCUCUGCUCUGAAACACCGGUGUAAAUCUCGAGCUGUGCUUCUCGCUGCGAUGGAUGCACCCAGGGGGAUUGAAGAACGUCUGGAUGAGCUAUUUUGAAAAAUUUACGGAUGUGAUACUGAUAAGUGUUGGGGGCUCUUAGUGUUAGUGAGUGAGUGAUAUUUACAGUGUAGUGUUUGUUGAAUAAGUUAACAAUGACGGAGUUUUUUGGAUCAUGGAAUGGAGAGGACGGGGAUGGGGGUGGGGAAGAAGUGGAGACGGUGGAGGAAACCGUGGAGACUAUCACCACAACGAAGAAGACUCGGCCUUUCGUGAAGUCGUCAACUACAAAAACGACGACGAUGACAACACCAGCUAAGCUGUACGGUCGAGACAUCUCGCAGUACGAUGAGGUUGACGUGGACGAGCUGCUUUCGAAGCUCACACAAGAGGAACUCAACAUGUUAGCAAAGGAUGUUGAUCCAGAUGACAAUUGUUUACCCCCUUCCCUACGCAACAAUUACGCGUGUGAGAAGGACCCAACCGGACCACUCAACCGAAAGAAGCUAAUAGAACACAUCAACAAACAGGCCCUGGAAACCCCCGACCGACCCGAGGUGAAACCUUAUGUAGCAGGGGUUAUACGUGGCAAAAAGUGGAUCCCCCCUCCGCCCCCGGAGAAGAUGCGUGACGCUGAGGAACAGAUCAGCAUCGACCUCGGCGACGAGUACGAGCAGGCGCUGACCGCCGCCUCGCAGGAGGAGAUCAUAGACUUGGCAGCCAUCCUUGGGUUCCACUCGAUGAUGAACCAGGAACAGUACCACGCGUCCCUCCUCAACAAGGGACAGCCGGUGGGGCUCGGCUGGGACGGCAUCACCAAGGCGACCAAGCCCAAGAUUUACCCAAUGGACCCCCCCAACGACACGGAUCCCGACGACACGGUUAAAAGAGUAAGGGAGAAUGACCAGAAACUCACUGAUCUCAAUUGGAACAAUAUUAAGAACAUAAGCGACGAAAAGUUCGAGAAGCUAUUCGAAGGCCUGAAGACAAACACCCACCUGGAAGUAUUAACUCUCGUCAACGUCGGCCUCAAUGACCGCAUGGCCGGUCUAUUGGCCGACGCGCUGCAAGCCAAUACCGCCCUUAGGGUGGUCAACGUAGAGACCAAUUUCAUAUCGCCACAGGGGGUCGUGCAAUUGGUCAAAGCUCUUCUGACUACUAACACUGUGGAGGAGUUCCGCGCUUCCAAUCAGCGGUCGCAAGUGCUGGGUAACAAGAUCGAGAUGGAGAUCAGCUCGCUGGUGGAACAGAAUCCAACACUACUGCGUCUGGGGCUCCACCUCGAGUACAGCGACGCCCGUCACCGCGUCGCCUCGCAUCUGCAGCGCAACAUCGACAGGAUACGGAAAGACCUUACGCUCCGACUCCAGUUCAGAUUCUUUAACAACCUGCAAAAGGGGGCGCGUAGCCAAUAGUCAAAGAUCGAAUAAGUACGCCAGCAGCGACGGAGCCAGAACAACGCUUAGAGCCGUGAACUAGUACGUGUGGCGGACGCUUGCGCCGUCUCACGCAGUUCACGCGCAGCCGCAGCUACGUGGUCGGCUGGAUCCCGUAGGCGCGCCGCACCCGCUUUGUGAUACUGUAAUGUGCUUCUUAGAUUAUAUCCUUCAAUUCUCACUACUCAACUCGCCCCAUAAGGGAACGCAGAACGCCUUAAAUCGAUGUGCUAUCGCUGAAUUAUAAGUUUAAAGUUAUUCGAUAUUUCCACAAAAAUAACAAAUAAUUUUGAUGUUUUUAAAAAAAAUGUAAUUUGCAAACUUAUUUUCCUUAAGUGUACUAUUAAAGACCCCUUUUCAUACAUAUAUUAGAAAAUACAUUGUACUCAUGUGUAGAUGUGAUUUGAUGUUCGAUUUGUAUCAUCUGCAUAUAACUGAAGAUAUUGUUUUAUGAACGAAAUACACUCGUUGAUGUGUGGAACCGCAGAAAUUUAAUAUUUAGGUAACUAACUAAAAGAACUAAUCGUUAGACCUCGAGCCUAAUUGAGGGAGGAAUCUUUACAGACAGUCCACACUGAGGAUGAGCAAUUACCGCCCUGAAAUAUGUAGUAUUUUUUUCUGUACUUUCACAGCGAGAUGUUAUUCAUAACUAGAUAUAAUGUAACGACAUAAGUGCAUUGUGUUUUUACCUUAAAUUUUCGACAAUUUGCUCUGUUACACUUUAUACAAGUACUAAUUUUAAUAACAUAAUUUAGGUGACGAAUCUUGGCCAUGUCAUAUUAAGAAUAAAAUUGCUUACUGCGCAACCAAACAAACUUCAACGCUUGUACUCUGAAACUUGAUUUCGUCUAUCGUGAUCGUCAUCAUUGUCCAUCCUACUCUAACUUGUGUAAUUUCUUAUGCUCUAGAGUAGGACACGACACAACGACGUUCUCGAUACAUCGAUUAUCGAUUUUAAAAGUACAGCCCCAUGCGGGCAAAGAUUUGUCAGCCGAAUUUUAUUUUAAUAUAAGGUUUCAAAUAAAUUUUCAAAGAAAUAAUAAUUUAAAAUUUAAGACACUGUUAAUGGUGUCGAUUCUGGCAUGAUUCUCUAAACCUAAAACUAAAUUUAAGAUCAUUCUCUCCUUUUCAUUCUGUCUAGAGUAUGACAAAUAUACUCCGUUGUCAAAUUUAAGUUUUUAUAUUACUUUGUACAAAAAUGUCAAUGCAAAUAAUGGCGAAUACUUGGCGGCCUUUGAAUGGAUGUAACUAUUAAUAUUACACUAUCACAAACAAUCAAGGCACGGAUCAUUUUGAAUGUAUCUUGUGAGAGCAAAAGCCAAGAAUUGUGAUUUAAUUCUUUGUUAUUGAAACCAAUAAAAAAAUACUUGCAUGACAAUGGCAGGACCAUUAUUAGUGCAUUUUUAUAUUAUUUUUCCAUUUGUAAAAUAUAUACCUACCUACACUUUUUGAAAAAUAUUUUUUGUUUAUUACCUUGCUUUUCGAACAUGGCUAUGAUUAAAUAAACCAUCGCAUUUUUGUUUACUUAUUUAAAGCGUUAAAUACAGUUCUUGUCACAGUAUGAAUGGGAGACAACCCAAAUUGUAUGAGUGAUGAUAUCUUCACAGAAUGAUACUGCGCCGCGGGUUCAAUUCCCGUGUCCGAACGAAAUGUCCGUUCAUUACGCGACCAUUUGUUCUGGGUGUGGGAGUUUAUGGUACCGUCGUUGUCACUGAUUUCAACUACGCCCUGUUACAUUUUGGGAUCAGUACAAUGUAUGUGAUGAUGUCUGGUAUUGAUAUUAUUGAUUAAAAUUAAUAAUAAUUCUAGUGUGCUAAUGAACUCGUAUUAAUUUUACUUUUAAUAAAUUGUAAUAUAUUUAAAUGUGAACAUUCCAUUAAUGCAAAACAUACUUCUCUUGUUUUGGCACUUUUUUUUUUAAAUAACAAUUUAGUGGAAAACGUACUGACUAACGUAAGAUUUAUGCUGAGUAUUAUUUAAGAACUUUCGAUAACAUAGUCAUAGAAAUUUGACAUUAUAUAUAUAAAAUAUACAUAAAAUUAACAGGAUUUCUGUGACAGUUUGUUUUGGUAUUAUCAGUAAAUAUUGAGUUUCAUUUAAUGAAGGUAUGACUUCAACUCGAAUAGAGAAGUUAUGUUCUGCGUCAAUGGACAGUUAUGUUAACUUUAUUUUUUCAACAAAGCACUAGGUUUGCAGGCGGCGUAUUGAACUCUGAAAUUAACUUAUAGUUAUUAAGACCAAACUUAUUUUUUAAUGAAUUAAAUUAAUUUAUUACUGUCACCGUACUUUGAACUUUUUAUACAAAGCUUUCGCUUUCUUUAAAGUGAAUAACUGUCGUGUAGCAGGUCAAACAAGUUAUAAUGGAAUCGUUGUUUGAUUACUUUAGGAUAGCACUGCCACGAGGUUAUUCACGCUAAAAAUAUUUUAUACUGGCAAUAUCUAAUUGCUCUUUCACCAUCUUUCAGGCGUGUUGCCAGAAAUUAUUAAAAGCAUAAGCUUACACUUUAACCUUUUGCUUUCUUGAAAUAAAAAAAAUAUGCUUAUCUUUAAUGUAACUUUAUGUAUAUUUGAUAGUGAAUCUACUGGGAGAAGUAAGUGUCCAUAACAUUGUGAUAAAACAUUACGUUUUUCCAUUUAAAAAAUACUGCUUCGAUUUUUCGUCUGUAGUUUCAAUAAGAGAGAUUAUUUGUAUAUGAUUUUAGAUUCUUUUUUAUUGUAAUAUUUUAUCGUGACAAUUAUUAUGGAAUAUAAAAAUUAAUAUAAAUUUAGGUUUACUGUAAUAUUAAUAAUACACAGAUUUAUUUAUGUUGAUAUUAGAAUACACAACGAAAAC